AUGGAGCCCAGCAUAACGGAGCAGCUGCGCCAGGCGCGUGAGGUCGUGCUCAGCAAUCCGAACAACUACCCGGCCAUUCUGCCCAGCAUCCUGCCCAUCAUCGGCACCGCCGCCGACAUCGAGCUGCGGAGAUGGGGUGCCGAGUUCCUUGCUGAGACGUUCGCCUCGCCGCUGCUGCCCGCCGACCAGAAGCAGCAGCUGAGCCUGCUGGUUCUCGACCGCCUGCGCGAAUUCCUAGACCAGCCCGGCGAGGAUGUCGCCGUCGUCAAGGCCAUCGUCCAGACGGCCGCGAGCAUCUACCCGCUGCUGUUCCGCUACAUCAUCAGCAAUCCCCACGACAAUGCGAACUGGCAAAAGAUGGCCCAGGUCAAGUCCAACAUCCUCCGCCGCAUGGACACCGCCCCGCCCGGCGUACGCAUCUGCUGCAUCAAGUUCGUCCAGCGCGUCGUCCAGACCCAAACCCCCGGCCUCAUCGCCGAUCCACGUCGCCCCGAACAUAACGAAAUCUCCCUCGCCCUCGUCCCGCGCGACCAUCCUUUGAUACCACCUCCGAAUCUGGAAGCCGAGGCAUCAGGUUUGCUGGAUAGGCUAUUGAGCAUCCUCCAGGAUGAGAUCAGUGAUGCUCUCCUUGUUACUGCCACCCUCAAUAGUUUGGGGAGCCUCAUCCGUACUCGGGCCUCGGUUGCCAACAAGAUUGUCUCCACCGUCCUCAAUUUCAAUCCCCUCAAGCUGGCAAAUUCACCCAUGACGCCCAAGUCCAAGGUCAUGAUAAAAUCCAUGGAGCGGACCGUCCGUGCCCUCCUCAUAAACGUCGUAAAAAAGAACCCCAACCACCCAUUAGCACCGAGAAUCCAACAGCACGUCGACAGACUCCACCACACUCGCCUGGAGAUCUUCGACGAGACAACUCGCAAAAGACCAGCCCCCAUCGAACCAACCGAUGGCCUAGACUUAGCAAAGAGACAGCGUCUUGGAGCCGAUGUCCACGCCUCCACCCCACCUGACGCGCUUCCGUUGGGCCCUGGUCCGGUGAGCUACGCGCAGCUCUAUACAUUAACUCAGGACGAAGGAUCAAGGAAUUUCGACGUGCAAGCCAUUCCAAUCGACCUCCUCGUGCGGAUCUUGGUGCCAAUCCUCGGUUCCCUUGACAAACCGCAGCUGGACAAUGCAAUCAACGCUGUUCGGGCACGUUAUCUCUCGUUAAGUAGAACUCAACCUAGAAGCGCAUUGGAUGCAUCAGCAGCAGCGACGCAGAGAGCGCCGGUUGUGGAUGAAGAUGACGACUACGAGCCGGUCUUUCAGCCGACGGAAGACACGGAGCAGAUUAUCAACAGACUGGAUAGCGCUUUCGCAGACGCGAGCGCCCUAGGACGGCAACCGGACGUGGCAUUAGGAACUUUCAAUCUGGCCCCGCCGCCAGCUCUCACGGAGCAGGAAACCGUCGAAUACAGCAAAGGCACUAUCAACCGUGUCUUCGGCAUCAUGUCCGCCCUUGACGACUCCGGUCGCGGCAAGACGCAGAAGCAUGGCUUCAACCGCUUGGCCGCCAGCGGGUACGACCGCGAUGCCUGGAUAACCAUGAUCACGCGUCUGGCGACCCGCGCCUCGGCCGGCUUGGAGGACGAAAGCGUGGUCAAGAAGGAGGAAGGAGCAGAAAUCGUCCCCGCCCGGAAAGGGGGGGCGUUCUCGAUCAGCAACGCCAUCCGCGACGCGCUGUACCUGUACGUGCUCGAGGACUUCCGGCGCCGCAUCGACGUCGCCGUGUCGUGGCUGUGCGAGGAGUGGUAUAACGACCGGCUGCAGGCCGAUCUGGCCGCUACCGAGGGCUCGGUCAUGCACUACGAGAAGUGGGCGCUCAAGGUGUUGGAUGGCAUUUUGCCGUACCUCGACGCCAAGGACAAGGUGCUCAUCCGCUUUCUGUCCGAGGUGCCCGAGCUCAUUCCCGCCAUGUUGGACCGCGUCAAGGGGCUCGCCCGGGAUCCGGAGAGAAUCGCCUUGGCGGUCAACGCGAUACAUUAUCUCAUCCUCAUGAGGCCGCCGGUGCGGGAUCAGUGCAUAGAUGCUGUUGAGGAUUUGUGGAGGAACUAUGACGGCGCGAAGGGAUUGACUACCAAGCUACUCACCAAGUGGCGGCCGCACGUGCUCCAGGAAGCGGCCAACGGCGCUGCUGCACCACCGCCCUCCAACGAGGUUGUCGUCGUGAAGACGGAAUGA